UAUAGAUGACGGUGGCAGACGGCGCAGGUCAGCUAGCUGAGUGGCGUUACUGGGAGAAGUACCUCCUGAGAUACUAUUAAUUUCUCUAGAAACCUGCUCUUGAAAGACAGAAAAACAAUAAAAUGAGCUAGUGAAGAUUACUUAGUGAAAAAAUGUGAACUGUAUGCGAACUGGCGCUUUUUUGGAACAUCUCUACCAUUGUUUUGAGGGCCUGUUGCUAGCUACGGGAAAUCCUCGGACUGGCUGGCCCGGUAGAUACCGGGGCGAGUGAACGCUCAGGAACCAGGACUUUAGGUUUACCUCGACCACCUUUUAUUGAUGCUAACUACCAUUUUUCAUGUUCCAGCGAAGACGGAGUCUCUUCUUGUCCUCUGUCGCGAAUACAAAUCAACGUGACUGAAGUCGCUUUUAGUUUGACAGCUAGCCAGCUUUAGCUCCGUGUGUUCAUAAGCUAACUCAGCCAGGAUCCUAUGAGAAAGUUGGCAGCUUGGUAUGUUUGUUUAAGUGAGGAUUUGCAUAUUUGGCUUCUGUCAUCUGCCAACUAGGAAGUAAGAAUUUGUAAGCUGGUUAUACUUCUGUCUACUGUGACUUAAGAUUGCUAGCUAGGUAGCUAAAUUAAAAAAAAGUAUCCCAGCUAAGGUUAUCACACGCUUAAUCUUAUCAACCUCAGCCCAAAGUUUACCUUAUAGAACUGUAACAACCAGUGUUGUUCUUUCCCCCCCCCCCUUCUGUUCUUAAUUCUUUGUAUGCUACAAAAGUAUGUUGUAACGUUUUUGUCCUAACAAUAUUUUAAUAUAAAGACUAACAGGUUUGAGCAGAAGAGAUAGACCUUUUCUGAGUUGAUUACCAGAGGUAUCUGUGUCCACUUGGUCGACAAUCCCGGAUGAAGGGUUACAGAGAAAUGUGGAUUUUGAUGCUAUCAGGACUGCCAGGUGUAUACUAUUUUACUUAGCAUCGUUAAUAUUUCACCCGCAUCCAACAAUUGCUAUACCGGAAGCCAUUGUUGUACAUUUAAGCUCGCGUGGGCUGAUUUGCUCGAACUCUUUUCACGGAAGAUCACGAUGAAUCGUUACCUACCGGUGGCACGGCAGCACUUCCUGGCUGCCCUUGCCAGCACCAGUGUGGUAGUCAAAACUAUAAGUGCUGUUGUGGUUCUGCUUUACCUUCUGUCAUGGGCGGUUGACACUCCUUAUGCACUGGGGGUAACCCCAGGCUACCUUUUUCCACCUAACUUCUGGGUGUGGACGCUGGUGACCCAUGGGGUGGUGGAGCAGCAUGUGUGGGGUGUAGCUGCCAACGUGGGGACAGUCAUGGCCUGUGGACGCCUGCUGGAGCCUUUGUGGGGAGCUCUGGAGCUCCUUAUCUUUUUUGCAGUGGUUAAUGUGUCUGCAGGACUCCUGGCAGGCCUCUCCUACCUCCUCACUUAUGUGGCCACCUUUGACCUGGACUUCCUGUUUGCUGUGAGUGUACAUGGAGUAGCUGGUUUCCUGGGAGGUGUCUUAGUGGCAUUAAAGCAGACCAUGGGGGACACUACAGUUCUCAGAGUGCCACAGGUGAGGCUGAAAGCUGCUCCGGCUUUGGUCCUCCUCUUCCUGGCCUUGCUCCGCUUAUCAGGGCUGCUCGACAGCUCUGCCCCCCUCGCUGCAUACAGCUACGGCGCCCUGUCUGGCUGGGUGUACCUGCGCUUCUACCAGCGACACAGCCGUGGCCGCGGGGACAUGUCGGACCACUUUGCCUUUGCGAGUUUCUUUCCUGAGGCGGUGCAGCCAGCUGUGGGGCUUCUGGCAGGACUAAUCCACUCUGCCCUGGUGAAGAUGAAGUUGUGCAGGAAAAUGGUAAAGAGAUAUGAUGUGGGGGCACCCUCCUCCAUCACUAUCAGCCUGCCGGGGACAGAUCCACAGGAUGCAGAGAGGAGGAGACAACUGGCCCUGAAAGCUCUGAAUGAGCGUCUAAAGCGAGUGGAGGACCAAUCCGCUUGGCCAAGCAUGGACGACGAGGAAGAUGAUGACGAGGACGAAGUCAGAACUGACACACAGCCACUCCUCUCAGGUGGGCGAGAGCCUUCGUCCUCCAUAACGAGAUCAACUGGAGGACCCGUCAGCUCUUCCCUCUCCUCCACCUCUUCAUCCUCAUUGUCACAGAGUGGUGGAGCACCGUCCUCAGGCGCAAUGCAACACUCAGAGUCCAGUAUUAUCAGCUUCGAGGAUGCACCAUCUAGGUCAUAGCAAAAAGGACACAUGUGUAUAGAUACGCAGCCUCUGUUUGGUGUCACUGGCGAGUAUACUAGUGGAUGCAGCGUCCGCGACUAGUAUACAUAUGUAUUCAGUGACCGUGUGUAGACAUAGACUUGAUAUCUCGCAUACACGACAUCUUUGGCAAGUUAAUACACACAACUGUACACUCAUACACACUGUCAGCAUCGUUGUGAAUCCCUGAAAACUUAACAGGGCUUUCAGUUUAGACAUGCUGGUUGUAAAUGCUCUGCACUGUUGACCAAACUAAAACUUACUUCUUCUCCUCCCCACAUACAAAGGAAAGUCUGUAAAUUCAGUCUUAUCCAGACUUAAUCCCAACUUGCAGGACUCUGAUUACAGUUACGUGUGUCUCUUUCUCUUGCUUUCUAAUAAAUAAGAAAAUGGGUGUAAAAAAAAUUUUGGGGAAGUUUUUUUCAAAGCGGCCAUAUUUGUUCUUUUGCCUGCUAGAAAAAAAAAACCUAAAUGACAAAACUUGUACUGAUUUCUUGAUUUUUAAUUCACUGCUUGGAGAAGAGGCUGUGACACUGGGUGUUGAUUUGCUGGUUCCAAAUGUGUAGCCAGCAGAAACAUGAAGAGCAUGUACUCUGCACCAACCUGCUGGACUAGAAGAAAGAAGCUGCUGCAGGUUUGCCCUGCUGAUGAACCCUGAUACCAAACUUUGAGAUUAAAAAAAAAAAAAAGUGCCAGGUGAAAAUAAUUGUCCACUGGACCUUCAGAUGGACAAAUGGAUCAUAUACACAUUUUUAGCUUUUACUCCUUAGCUCGUCAUACAGUGGAUAACUUUUUUUUUCUUGUUUUGGGUUUGUUGAUCACUGAAGAAAGUCAACAAAACUGUGUUUUUGGGAACUGAGACGCGUUAGCUAUGUAACACAUCUGUGGAGGAUCAUUUUCAUUCAGAAGUUCUGGGUUGAUUUUAAAACUUUUUGUUUAGUUCUGGGCCUAACCUGAGCAUCCCUCUGCACCUUUUACACUUUCAUAUUCUAACAUCUGUUAUCAUGCAAAAAAAAAAACAUGUGCAACAGCAAUUUAAUAAUCUUAAUGUCUUAAUGCAUUUGAUGCAUAUAAUGCAGACAGAUGGUUAAAGUCUAUGAAGUCAUUUGCAUAGUUACUAAUGUGGAGAAUUGAUGAUGUGCAAGACUAGACUAUAGUAUUGUUUGUUUUUACAGGCUGUACAGGUACAUGACUUAUUUGCCCCAGUUUUGCCUUUCAUCUCUCUCUCCGAUUUUAGACACUAGCCCAUGAAAAUAAACAACUCCACUAACAGAAUUACUGCAUCAAUUAGUUUUCAGUCACAGGAUUCCCAGCCGCAUCGUUUGGAUUUAUACUUUUCACUUCUAAAUUUAAAGUGCCAUGUGUUGUAAACCAUAAAUUAUCUUUUUUUUUUAUAUAUAGUAGUUGAUGGACAGCUAGAUAGUUUGAGCUAGAUUAACAUAAACUUCAUACAGACCUUAAGGUUAAUGCUUCAUUGUGUUGUCAUUCAUCGCUGUGGAUGUCUAAUUUUGGAAGGAAUUUCCCACGUGUCCUGUUUGAUUAAAGCUAAUUGCAGCCUGUAAAUAAUUUCAGGUAUUGCAAUCACAGCAAUGGCAAACUGUUUAUCAUUUCUGAAAAGUAAAAAAAAAAAAAAAUACUAAAUAGGCAACGGUCAGGAAGGAGUACAUGAUGUGAUGACAGCCAUACUCACUUCUAAGUCUUCCUUGAAAACUGUUCUGGAUCUGGCAGAAACGCGUCUGUAGGUUAGCAAGAGAGCUUAUCGUGGCUAUUUUGAUAUUUGACCAGUUCUUACACAGGUUUCACACACACUUUCAAAAGACCCUGAAGCAUUGCAAAAUAAUUAAACUGUUAUAAUUUUCUCUUUUUUCCCAACUCAGUAGUUUGAGUUCAGCACAGUCUUUUAUGUUUCUCUCAGUGAACAUUUAAUAAAAUUCUGCAAAUGUAAGACAAGUUUUUAAGACCUUGCCACCUUCAGUAACUAACUAGUAGGACUAGAUUCAGCAUCUUCAAAAUGUAAUCUCUCUACCUGGCAUUUGUGACCUGUUAGGUUCACAUUGGACAAAAUAAUACUUUGCAGGCUGUAGUCGGGUAUAUCCCACAUCUAAAAUACUGUUAAAGGUUUUCAUCUCAAAUUCCUGUCUUUGAUUUGUUCCAAAUGGCCCAUAGAAGUCCAAGCAACUAUUAAAUUAGAAGUAAAAGCUAAUAGAAACUAUAAUAAGGUAUCUCAAAGUGAUUAAUCUCACAAGGUAAUUUGUUUCUAAAAUCUAUGCAGUUGAUUGUACAAAUAUAAGAAGCAGUUGACAUAUUUCAUAAUGUGUUCAGCUCAGAACAAUAUAGAUUUUUUUGUGCUCUUUAGUUUUGGAGAAACAGCAGAAGCUGUAACAAGUGUUGGAUUUCUCAACAUUGGCCUUACAUGAUGAAAAGAAGCGGUUUCUUUUAACCUGGUGGAAAUGUGUAAUGAAUGGAAGUGAUAAGCCAUAUAAGACUGGUGAAAUUCUGUGUUUUGUCCUGUUUGGUUUUUUGUUGUCUGUUUUUCCUGCUGAUGUCCCCGUCCUCUCAUAGGUAAAUAUAUAAAUGGACUGAAGAAUCUUUCAGACUGGUCUUGAGUCCAGUCCUGCUUCAGAGCUGCAGUCACAUAUCAGAAACCUAAAACUGUUACAAGCAUUCGCAGUAGCAAUUAUGUGGAACAAUCAAAGCAACUCUGUACAUGAUUGCAUACAUUAACAGUGCAAUAUUACAAUUUAACCAUGUUGUUGUUUUAAUGCAUUUUUCAUGAAAGUUGCUCUGGAAAAAGCAAAUGGUGUUAACUUUGUUCCUUGCCCACCUCUGCUUGCAUUACGAAAUAAAAAUCCGCCAUGCAGUGAAACACAUUCUAACAUUGUUGCCUGCAAAUAACUGUGAAGUUACGUAAUGUGGUGAAGUUGUGUAAUUUUAUUAGUGAAAUGAGAUACGAAUGCUGUAGUUGGCAGUCUGAGGCUUCAGACUGAGUCUGGUCUGACUUUCAGCCAAAUCUCCAGCCCUUCCUGCAUUCUCAUGCAUUCUGGCUGAAAAUGUUUAAAAACAGUGAAGGAAUGCAGUCAUACCAUCAAAGUAGAAAAUCUGCAGGCGAUGAUGUCUGUGCUCUUAACAAGCUGUGAUUAUUAAAUUACUGUGGCCUUCAUUUAUAAUGGCCAGAGGGCAAGCACUACAGUUCAUUGACACUUUCCCCCCUUUCCUUUAUCUAAAUAAUGUCUUUAUUGACGAUAACGUAGUUUUAAAACUUGUUUCUCCCUAAACACAUUUUUCUUGGUUGGUUUUUUUUGUCAAAGUGGCUGAUAGAGAAGACAAUAAACCCAAAUUCAAUCCAAAGGCUGACUGUUUCCCUGUCGUCUGUCUCAUCUGUUGGUUUCCUGUGUUAUAUGUCCAUUUAACUGGCUUUCAGUGGAACUACAGAAUAGGACUGACAAUUUGGUGACAACUCAAAGCUCCUUUAUUUGCUGGUCUUGAGAAAUUGAAAAAUUUACAUUGAAGCAUUACUGGUAUAUUGGUUUACUGCCUGGUUUUAGAACCACUACAUCAACUCUUUAUUUUGCUGGACAAGCAUUGGUACAGAAGUU